AUGUGGCCGAUCCUCACGUUCUAUAUCCUGGCGCUUAGCACCAGUGUCGCUUCCUUUCAAUCUAAGCGCCAAAACUGGUAUGGUGUUAAGGAGGCUGACGCUGAGGCCGAUAUUGAAAAACGCCAACUACGUUGGUAUCAUAUCAAGGAGGCCGACGUUGAGGCCGAUAUCGAAAAACGCCAAACUUGGUAUGGUGUUAAGGAGGCCGACGCCGAGGCAGGGACCGAUACGGAAAGCGACGGGUCGAUUGAAAAGCGCAUGCAGCCACCAGAGGCUUAUGGCGUGGACCCUCGUAUCAUCCUCGGCGAGCCCCAUAUGAUCACAAGACGUGCACUUGCUCGCAGCCUACGCUCAACAAGCUCAGCUGAUAAGAGGUCAAUUUCUCUAGAGGAGCAUGAGGCAGAAGACCAAGCUUUAAAAGAUUGGGUUUACUCCCAGAUGCGCGAGAAUCCCCUAAGGGAGACUUCCGACCGUGGUCGAAAGUUGUUCGAGUAUGACCUUAUUCCUGCAGAUGAUCAGGUUGACCGUGACCAUGUGCCGAACCAUCUCAGGCUGCUAUUCGACAAUGCCAUUAACGAGCAGGCAAAGGUUACCUACCUCAAUCUAUACCUCCAGGUCACCGGUCGUCAGUUACGCGCUGCAACCGAACUCGGCUGGAAUAGUACUCAUUCCGUACCGACGCUGCUGGAAACGGAUGAAAUUGGUUACGGUUAUGCCCUAGCUAGUCAACACCAGCACCACUGUGCCAAUACCCUAGCUGAUGCCAUUGACCUUGGUCGAGACAAUAUCAACGACUUCUACCUUGUCCACGUCAUCCACUGCAUAUCACUGCUCAAGGUCUAUGCUGAACGGCUUUCAGAGGACCGCGAACCAAUCCGUACCCUGAGUGAUGCUGCCCGUGAACUACUGGAGCGGGGCUUCCGGAUGUCGGAUUGGGAAGAGGAUGAUGGCGCAAUCAUAAAGAACGGAAUGUUAGACAGGAACCCUCAAACAAGCGCCCUUGUGAGGAUAUUACGUGACACUGAAACAAGCACUCAGCGCGCAGGAUCGAAUGCAUGGAUUAUAGUGUUGAUUGUAGAGGCAGCACUGGCUAACCUUGCCUUGGGGUUUCUGAGCAUUCGUGCCUUAUUGGUUACUCGGCGUAGAGGGCCUCCUGCGUAUAUGGAGGUUUCUGGGAAGAUAGGCGAAGAAUCUAUCCCAUUCACGAACCAGUCCCAAGUGAAGUUCUAG